AUGCGAAAACUCCUCUCAUUCAGUCUCGGCGGUGCUCUCGCUUCUCCCGUCCCAGAUGAGACCAACACCAACGCUUAUAGGCUAGCUCGGGGUUUACCUUUGAAAAAACCCUUGAAUCCCUUCAAUGCCACUAGGACUGCCGCCAAGCGACAACAACCUUCGGGCGCACCACAAACUGGUAACUUCGUUGUCACAUACAAUAAUCCUACUAAAAGGAAGAGAUCCGGGCCCAUCUACCUUGCACCUAAAGGUGCCAACAGUAUCUUCUCUAUCACCGGUGAUCCCGCACAAGCUAUAUUGGUCAAGACCCCAGGUACAGGAGCGUUUUCCAACUCCAAAAUUCAAGGGUAUGACCCAACUGCUGGGGAAUGGCAAUACAUGCGGGCUUCAAAAUUCGGUGACGCCCAAGGUGGCUUCGAUGUAUCAUUACUUGGCUCGAAUUAG